AGCCUCACCGACCGUCUCUUGUUUGCCGUGCCCAAGAAGGGCCGUCUUCACCAAGCAUGUAUCGAGCUUCUCCACGGUUCGGACAUUCAGUUCCACAGACACUCGCGUCUCGACAUUGCUCUCGUCAAGAACUUCCCCAUCGCCCUCGUCUUCCUGCCCGCCGCUGAUAUUCCCACCUUCGUCUCUGAGGGCCGUGUCGACCUCGGUAUCACUGGUCGCGAUCAGGUCGCCGAGUACGAGGUUACCGAACCCCCAACCGAGUCCACCGGUGUUGAGGAGGUCCUCGACCUUGACUUUGGUCGCUGCAAGCUGCAGAUCCAGGUUCCGGAAAAGGGCGAGAACGAGGAUCCCAAGUCCCUGAUUGGCAAGAACAUCGUUACCAGUUUCACAAACCUCGCAGAAGUCUACUUCAGAGAGCUCGAGGGUAAGAAGGCAGGAGAGAAGCUGAGCACCCACAUCAAGUAUGUCGGUGGCAGUGUUGAGGCUGCUUGCGCACUGGGUGUCGCAGACGGCAUUGUCGAUCUUGUCGAGUCCGGCGAGACUAUGCGCGCAGCAGGCCUCAAGGCCAUCUCAACUGUUCUCGAGACCACCGCCAUCCUCAUCCGCUCAAAGAAGCCCUCCAACCCCGAUCUCGUCAACUUGAUCGCAACUAGAAUCCGCGGUGUCAUCACUGCCCAAAAAUACGUCCUUUGCACAUACAACGUCGAGCGUAGCAACCUCGACCAAGCCGCCAAGAUCACACCCGGCAAGAGAGCACCUACCGUCAACAGCCUGGAAGAGGAUGGCUGGGUCGCUGUUUCGGCCAUGGUUGAGCGCAAGAAGAUUUCCAACGCCAUGGACGAGCUGACUGCCAUUGGCGCCACUGAUAUCCUUGUUACCAAGAUCGAGAACUCGAGAACCAUCUAA